UUGGAUUAAAACAAUGGACUUACUGCAACCAUUCCUUCUCCUCCUGUGUGCCCUCCACCUGACCCUGACCGCAGUGUUGAGCAAACACAUAGAUCACAGAAACCUGUUCACGCAGAGAAUGUGCUGCAAGAGACAGAGCCACUUCGUCUACGUCGGACAAGACAUCUCUGGGAGUCCUGUCAGUGUUGAUGUGGGGAUGUGCAGGUCUCACUGUGGGGGAGCAUCCAGGCCCUCACCUGAGGCAGGACAGCAAGAAUAUUCCAAACAUUCCUCAAUGCUGGAAUUUCUGAGGAGCAAGAAGAUGAGAACGCGCGGACCAGCAGCCGCAGAGCGCCCGGAGCCGCCGCACCAGCUGCCCUCCUGCGGGGUGAACCACGUGUGCGAGCCGACCGGGAUGCGCGUGGACCGGGUGCUCCUGUUCGAGGGGCCCCGGGAGGUGGAGGUGAUCCAGGACUGCAACUGCGAGAUCAAGCUGACGCAGUGCAUCCGUGUGCCCGCACUCCGGACGUACUACUCCGAGACGCCGUAUGAGACUGUGAUCGACGUGGGUGGAUGCUCCCGGUCCAAGGGCUCACCAGAGGGAUUCUCCUGUGUCCCCACAAAGUUUGACUCAGCCUUGGUGGAAACCCCCAACAAAGCGGACCUCAUCCAGACUGUGGCGGCCUGUGAGCUGAAGGAGAGCUGCUACCGGGUCCCAUAUGUGGAGUAUUACUAUGAAAUAGUCCACCAUGAAGAUGGAAUCAAAGAGGAGAAGCUUAAAGAAAUAGAUGUGGGCAGAUGUUUGGGAGGCUGCACUACAGGAAACCGAUGCCUUCUCAGGAGUCCAUCUGAUCCAGAAAUCUGCCACUUAUGGGCCGAGCGACAGCCCAGCUCCUGUGCUCCUCAGGGCUACGACAGCCACAGCUUCCUGAACCAGCAUGGACAGAUACGCACUGUGCUCUCCAUCACCUCCUGCAUCUGCCAAGACUGAACACUGCGCCCCCUACUGGAAGGAAACACAACAACCUCCGGUCGCUUCACCAUUAGUGGCUGCAGCACAUUGGAGACCAACACCAUAUGCUGUGACAUUUAUCUCAGAAUUUGCUACCCUAAAGUAUUAUUGUAUAUUAUGUAAUAUAUGUAAAAAUGAUAAUUUUGUAAAUAAAUUUAAUAC